CUCUGGGCGUGAAGCGAGAAAGAAAUAUUUUAUUAGUUAAUCUUGCACUUUUUACUGCUGUCGAAUCUCAAUUGAAAUUUUAUUAAAAUACUGUGCAAAUAACAAAGAAAAAUGCAAAAAUCUUACAAAAAAUAAAGAAAACUAUAACUAAAUAUUAUUAUUUAAUUGAAAUAUUGUCAAACAAACGUUUGGAGGAGGCUGAAAAAUGAUGCAGAAAGAUAUCGUCAUCAGCACUCCAUCCACACCAAAUUCUACCCUAUCAUCACAAACAAAUCUGUAUGGUAGCCCGAAUACCCCGUCGCCUGCCACUCCCACCCAACAGACAAGUACUCCCUUGGGUAGCGGCGGCACUAGCACCGGCACAUCAUCAUCUAAUCAAAGUGUUACGGGUUCAUCGGGUCAUAAGAAUAGCCUAAAGGGUACAAAAUUAGCCAGAAGAGCAAGAUCAUUUAAGGACGAUUUGUUUGAGAAGAUCAAUCUAAUGCGUACGCCUACCAAUACACUGGGGAGAUCCCAUUCUCCUCAAAGUCCACGACAUAAAAAAGAACCACCAACCGCCGAAGAAGUGGAUAAAUCAGCCCAAUCUUUAGCGUUUCAUGUCAAGGACAUAUCAAAUGCUCUAAAACAUUUUCGAGAUGUUGUACAUAAGAAAAAAUUAGAGGUAUUACCAGGCAAUGGAACAGUUAUAUUGGAAUAUACGGCAGGCAUGAUAUCGGUUAUACAAGCUCAUAUGUUAAAUGAAAAUAAUGCUGUCUUAGUCUCGGCCACCCAGCAAGUCUAUCGAUGUUUGGGUAAACUUAUAAAAUUCUCUGAUGAAGUUAUGCUUAGCGAAGAGUCCGAAGAAUGCUCCUCACUAAAUGAUGAUAAUGUACGAGAAAUUGUGGAUCCUUUAGAGGAAGCCGUACGGAAUCUCGCCACACUGGCUCAUCAAAAACUAAAAGAACGCGAAGGUUUGGCUUUUCAAUAUGAUACCACAUCAACAGAUUCUCAAAUAUCAACAUCAUCGGGAGGAUCAAAUAAUCCACAUAAUUUGUUAAUGCGUCCAUCGGUGGAAGUUGCUGGACAACGUACCUCCCUGCCGGAUAUAACAUUGACACCAAAAGAAAGAGAUACUCUUGAAAAAACAACAUCCAAUCCAUUACGUUCUCACAGUACCGAAAGUAUUUUAAGAGAUACCAGUCCCCCACCAAAACCACCAUUGCCUAAUAGAUCACAUAAUCCUCCACCUUUACCACCAAAGAGAGUCAGUCAUACAAAUCAACAUGCAAUUUAUGAUACCAGCAUUAAUACCGAUUUGGAUCACAGUACCGAUGUGAUAGGUGUUGAUCAUCUAUCGGUACGUUCUCGUUCGCCGGAUGAAAAUUCUAGUCAAUGCUCUUUUGAUCAUUCCCGUGAAGAGGAUAUAUGUCAAAGAUUUAAUAUGGCAUAUGAUAAAAACAAUACUGAAGGUGUUAUUGGUGGUGGUUUAAAUAAGUUAAACGAACCGCUAACAGAAAGCAAUAUAACCAAAGCAAAAAGUGGAUCAACAGCAAAUACAAAUAUAGCAGCGGCCAGCGGUGAUUUAAAUGAAGAGGAUAUGGGUAAAACGGAAUUACGUAAAGCGAACAAUCAUCGGCACUCAAACGAAUCGGGUUUUGUUUCCAUCAAUUCUUUUCGCACUUCAACACAAAGUUAUUCCAAGUCUUCAACAAAGUCCAGUAAUUCCUCCUCAGAGUUGGCCAUUAUGACUAGUAAUAAUAGUAUAAAUGAUGAAUUCUUUCAAAUCCAUAAUAUGACACAAACCACAAAGAAAACCUCCUCUGUUUGUAUAUCCAGCACGAGUAGUAUAUCAGAAUCAUCGGCUUUGCGUAUAGGCAAUGACGAUGAACGACGUAUUUCUUCACCCGAUCAAUUCGAAGAUGAAAGAAAAAUGCUAGAACAAUUACAAGCUAUGUCAACUACUACUACGAGUGCCGCUACCAGCAGCAUAGCCUCCUCCACUACUAAGAAAUUGUUAAUGCAAAGCAAUAGUUUGGAUAUAACAGAUGAGGGUAUGUUAAAUACCAGCGAUUUACAGCCACCAGCUUUACCACCAAAAAUAUCAAAGUUGGGCAAAGAACGUCAGUUAUCACCAUAUGAUUUGGAAUUUGAAAAUAUUAACGAAUUACCUGAAUUACGUGUCAGAACAUACCAGUGGCAAACUAGGCAUACCAGUCUUAUUGACUCUAGGCGUCUGGAUAAGCCAGCGGGUAGUUGCAAUGCCAUAAAUAUUACCAGUAGUGGUCAAAUUGAAGAACCUCCACCUUUGCCAAUGAAGAAAAAACACAUGUUUCAAAGUGUGGCAUUUUCAGUCUUGGCCUAUAUGGAAAUAUGUUCAGCCUCAACACAACAACAUCGUCACACAAUAUCGGAUUGUAAUUUAAACCGAAACAUAACACACAGUCAAACUAUGAAUAUUGCUACAUUUGCCAAAGAGGAAUUUGUUGGCGGUGAUUUAAAUGAAACCCCACCUGCUUUACCACCGAAAAAUCAUAAACAAAUUCUAAGAAAUUCAACAUCACCAAUACCACCCACUAUUAUAACAACACCACCGCCUAGUCCAAAACCAAAACAUUUACCAUCAGAUCAUCGUAUCCUAAUGGGUUCAGGAACGGGUAAUGAAAUGAUGACUACCUUAUCGGAGGAAGUGGGUGAUCAAUAUGAUGAUGAGAGUGGUGGCAAUAUUUUACAUUCUCAUGAAUUACAAAAUGUUUACGAUACGUCCAUGCAGCAAAAAGGUACAAAUUCAAUGUCAUCAUCACCUUGCGAUAAAGUGGUGGGACCGAACGGUGAUUAUACAUCAAGUGAAAUGGAAGAAAUGGUCAAUUAUAAUAACUAUAAUAGAAAGAGUCCCAUGUGUACCGAAGAAAUCAACCAUCUGCCAAAUAUAUUGGAAGAGGUUGACAUUACCCCUUAUUUAGUAUUCAAAAAAGACAAUGAGGAUGGUCCAGAGGUAAGGGGUGGCCAUAUAGAUGCUUUAAUUGUUCAUGCAAGUCGUGCAAGUCAAAAAGAUAAAGCUUUUAGUGAAGCAUUUAUAACAACGUUCCGUACAUUUAUACAACCCAUCGAUUUAAUUGAAAAGUUAACCCAUCGUUAUACGGUAUUCUUUUGCCAAUCAAAUGAUCAAAAACAAAAAGCGGCAAAGGAAACGUUUUCGCUAUUAGUACGAGUUGUGAAUGAUUUAACCUGCACCGAUUUAACUUGUGCAAAUCUACUUACUUUAUUAGUGGAAUUUGUGUAUGAAUUAGUAUGUGCCGGCCAAUUAUAUUUGGCCAAAUUAUUGCGUAAACAAAUUGAAGAAAAGGUCAAUUUGUAUAAAAAAUCACGUUUGCCUGCCUAUCCCACCAACACAAUGUUUUCCACGGUCACCGUACAGCCCAGUCUGCUCGAUUUUAAGGCUUUGGAAAUUGCCAAACAAAUGACCCUACUGGAUGCUGAACUAUUUCAGAAAAUUGAAAUACCUGAAGUUUUAAUAUUUGCCAAAGAUCAAUGUGAAGAGAAAUCACCAAAUUUAAAUAAAUUCACUGAACACUUUAAUAAAAUGUCCUAUUGGGCACGUUCGAAAAUACUGAUGUUACAAUGUGCCAAAGAACGCGAGAAAUAUGUAGAGAAAUUUAUUAAGAUAAUGAUACAUUUGAAGAAGAUACAUAAUUAUAAUUCAUAUUUGGCCUUAUUGUCGGCGUUGGAUUCAUCGCCCAUUAGAAGACUUGAAUGGAAUAAAUCGAUUAAGGAAAAUAUACAAAAUAAUUGUAAUAUAAUUGAUUCAAGUUCGAGUUUUCGCAAUUACCGUCAAGCACUAGCAGAUACACAACCCCCUUGUAUACCCUAUAUUGGCCUUGUUCUACAAGAUCUUACCUUUGUACAUGUGGGCAAUCCAGACUAUUUAAAAGACGGCAUUGUAAACUUUUCCAAGCGUUGGCAACAGUACAAUAUUAUUGUAAAUAUGAAACGUUUUAAAAAAGGCUCUUAUACAUAUCGACGCAACGAACGUAUUAUAAGAUUCUUUGAUAAUUUUGAAAACUUCUUAGGUGAAGAAGAUAUGUGGCAAAUUUCAAAAACCAUUAAGCCUUAAGGCAAAUGUAAAAUAAUUAGUGCAUAAAUAAAUCUACACACAUGCGUAAAUAUUUAAGAAGAAUCACUAAAACAAAACAAAAAAAAACAUAUAAAACAGUAACAUAAAAACAGGAAAUGUCAAUCUCUAAACUCAACACAAAAACAAAACAAAAAACAAAAAUUGAUAAAAUUUUCAAAAAAAA